GAACUUUUUGCCGUGAUUCAAAAGCAGCGGUUAAGGCGGGACGCUGCUCUACAUACGUAGCGCUAUCCUGCUCUAUCAGGUUAGUUACGAGUAUUUCCUUACAUUUCCGCAGAAUCAGUCAGUUUACGUUAAAACAUUGUUUUUAUAGAUUGUGUCCACUACGAUUGUGAUAGUAACUUGUUUGCGAUAAUAUUAUGAUAACGACUUUUAUAUAAAAAGCAGACAUAAUUUCGCUUUCGUUGAAAUCAGUGCAGUGCCGCAUAUUCGUAUGUUACGGAUGUGUUCAGUUAUUUAUCUAAUUUUGAAAUAGAUAAAGAAUGGAAGACAAGAUGCUUAAAGAGGAAUCCAAGCAGCUGAACGGCGAUGCUCCCAACCAGGCCGACAGCGACAUCAUGGAGAGGAUAAUCACAGAGGUGGGCGAGAUGGGCACGUACCAGAAGCUGCUAUUCGCGAGUCUGAUGCCAUUCUUCUUCUGCUUCAUAGCGGUGUACUGCGUGCAGAUGUUCAUAGCCGCUACGCCGCAGGAGCACUGGUGCAAGGUGCCAGAGCUGCAGCAUUUGAAUAUAGAUCUAAGACGGAACCUGUCAAUCCCUGGAGCGACACAAGGUCGAGACUGGGACCGCUGCCGGGUAUACGACGCCAACUGGACUCGAGUGCUGGAGACGAUGAGUCCACCGGACACCAACGACACCAAGCCCUGCGAGCACGGCUGGGAGUUCCUUUACAACGACAUACCCUACACGACUGUCGUUAGCGAGCGUGAAUGGGUGUGCGACCGCGCUGGUAACGCCCCGUUAGCGCAGAGUAUAUUCUUCGUGGGCUCGCUCAUCGGCUGCGCUCUCUUCGGCUGGAUGGGAGACAAGUAUGGAAGACUGCCUACUCUCAUAGCUUCCUAUAUGAUCGGGGGCGUGGGCGGUUUGCUGACUUUGUUCACGCAAGGAUUUUGGGAUUUCAGCAUUGCACGGUUCCUGGUGGGUUUAGCUAAUGACAGCUGCGUAGCCAUGAUAAGUUUUAUUGUGUUGGAGUACGUGGGCUCGAAGCACCGCACGUGGGUGCUGAAUAUGUCGUUAGCUGCGUUCGCGGGCGGUGGGGCGGUGUUACUGGUAGGGCUGGCGCUGUGGCUGCACAACUGGCGGCAUCUAGUGCUGGUCACCUCGCUGCCUAUGAUGGCCGUGCUAGCCACGCCUUUCUUCAUACCGGAGAGCGCCAGAUGGUUAGCUUCUAAGGGCAAAGUAGACAAAGCUGUAAAAGUUUUGAGGAAAUUCGAAAGAAUUAACAAGAAGAAAAUAUCAGAGGAGGCGCUCGACCAGUUUAUUUUUUCUUCCAAAUCAACGACUGCUGGGCCCGAAUCCAUGAAGGAUCUAUUCAAGAAUCCCCUCCUGCGCAACAACUUGUUGAUCCUGAUCGUGGUAGGCAUGAUUGCCAACUUAGGCUUCGAUGCCACCUUGAGGCUCUCUGAGGACAUCGGCACCAACUUCUUCCUGACCUUCGCCCUGUCUUCAGCUGCGGAGAUACCCGCUCUAGUGCUGGUUACAUUCACUCUUGACAGAGUCGGACGUCGCUUUAUGAUAGUUAGUACACUGGGAAUAUCCAGUGUUCUGGCUAUAUUCUGCGGGUUCUCUAAUUCAGGCGCAGUACAACUAGCGCUGGCGGUGCUGAUGCGUCUGGCGGUGAACAUGAGUAUCAGCGCGCACCUGCAGCUCACCACUGAGACCGUGCCCACCGCCAUGCGCGCCAGCGGCAGCGCGCUUGUGCAUGUGUCCGUCUACGUCGCCAUCACCGCCUCGCCGUUCAUAGUGUUCUCGGGCCGGUUCUGGUCGCCCCUGCCGUUACUGAUCAUCGGCGGCCUGUGCUUCGUGGCGUCGGUGUUGUCGCUACUGCUGCCGGAGACGAUGGGCCGCGCCAUACCGCAGACUGUGCUCGACGCCGAGCAACUCAUCAUAGACGGGUCGCUGUGGAAGAAAAACAAGACAACCAAGCACAACAUGCAAUCGAACAUUGAACUGGCAACAAUGCUAAAGAAAAAUAAGGAGUUGACAUAAGCGAAAAUGAUUAACUAACCAAAUGCUGGCAGCCGGCCGUGGAGUAGCGUGGGGUUAAAUGUAUGAGAUGCGGUGGAGGAUCUUCUUAAUGUUAAAAUAAUGAGAUUGAAUAUGCGGCAUGAAACAAAUUAUAAAAGUCUGAUAGUCAUUAAAACAUUUGUAGGUAGGUAAACAAUUAAUUUUCAAACUGAGUGCAAUGUAUUAUACAGAAAAUAUAUUAUUUUGUAGGUAACAGUAAAGUAUUUUUGAUACCAUAAUUAUGUGUAACAUCUAACAUGGAUAUGACAGCAAGUAAUGAUGUAGCGCGAGUACUUAUAUCAAAAGGGUUAGUGGGCAAGACUGAAAAUUACGAUAUGUUUAUUUAGAAUGAAGAGCUAUCCUAUGGAACGUUUUAUACAUAGAGUCUGUGCGGAAAGAGAAUGGGAUUUACAUUGGAGGGCGCUGUAGUGCUUUUCUACCGCAUUUGUAAGGUUUUACCCCUUUUAGACAUGAUUAAAUACAAGAAAUCCCAACAACAAACAAAUCCGU